GACCAGACAGGCGCGGCGCUCAUCGAUGAUGUCAGCUCCGGUUGCCUUGCUGAGUCGGAAGUGGGAACCUUUUGGUCGCUGUGGCUGUGAGGUGUCGUCGUUGCUGCCCUUUCAGGCUCUGGUACUUUAAUUUACAUGUGUAAGCUCAAUGACUAUAUCUAAACUGGAAUCUCCACAGAGAUUUUCAUCAGAUUAUCAGCCCUCCUUUUCCCUCCCCGCCCCCUAGGCUGGAUGGAGGAGACCCUGAAGUGAAAUGACAGACCAGGAGAAUAACAACAACAUCUCAAGUAACCCCUUUGCUGCUCUUUUCGGCUCCCUGGCUGAUGCCAAGCAGUUUGCAGCAAUCCAAAAAGAGCAGCUGAAGCAGCAAUCUGAUGAGCUCCCAGGAAGCCCAGAUGACUCCGAUAAUAGUGUGUCAGAGAGCCUGGACGAAUUUGACUACUCUGUGUCUGAGAUUAGCCGCUCCUUCCGGUCACAGCAAGAAAUAUGUGAGCAACUCAACAUCAAUCACAUGAUCCAAAGGAUCUUCCUCAUUACUCUGGACAACAGUGAUCCAAACUUGAAAAGCGGGAAUGGCAUCCCCAGCCGGUGUGUGUACUUGGAAGAAAUGGCAGUAGAGCUGGAAGAUCAAGACUGGCUUGAUAUGAGCAAUGUUGAGCAGGCCAUCUUUGCCCGGUUAUUGCUUCAAGAUCCAGGAAACCACUUGAUCAGCAUGACUUCUUCUACAACGUUAAAUCUCUCUGCUGAUCGAGAUGCAGGGGAAAGGCACAUCUUUUGUUACCUUUACUCCUGCUUCCAAAGAGCCAAGGAAGAGAUUACCAAAGUUCCAGAGAACCUGCUCCCUUUUGCAGUACAGUGCAGGAACCUCACUGUGUCCAACACUCGAACAGUUCUCCUCACCCCAGAGAUCUAUGUUGACCAAAACAUCCACGAGCAACUGGUAGAUUUGAUGUUAGAAGCCAUUCAGGGAGCCCAUUUUGAAGAUGUAACUGAGUUUUUAGAAGAAGUCAUCGAAGCCUUGCUGUUGGAUGAGGAAGUUCGAACAUUUCCUGAAGUCAUGAUUCCAGUGUUUGAUAUUUUACUAGGCCGAAUAAAAGAUCUGGAGCUCUGCCAGACCCUACUAUAUGCAUAUCUGGAUAUUCUUCUCUAUUUCACUAGGCAAAAGGAUAUGGCCAAGGUUUUUUUAGAAUACAUUCAGCCCAAGGAUCCUAGCAAUGGGCAGAUGUAUCAGAAGACCUUGCUGGGAGUAAUUCUGAAUAUCUCGUGCUUGUUAAAGACUCCGGGUGUAGUAGAAAAUCAUGGCUACUUUCUGAAUCCAUCUCGUUCCAGUCCUCAGGAGAUCAAAGUACAAGAGGCCAACAUUCAUCAGUUCAUGGCUCAGUUCCAUGAAAAGAUCUACCAGAUGCUGAAGAACUUGCUCCAGCUCUCUCCAGAAACCAAGCACUGUAUCUUGUUCUGGCUUGGAAACUGUUUGCAUGCAAAUGCAGGCCGCACCAAGAUCUGGGCCAAUCAGAUGCCCGAAAUCUUCUUCCAAAUGUAUGCCUCAGAUGCCUUCUUUCUGAAUCUGGGUGCUGCUCUCCUGAAGCUGUGCCAGCCAUUCUGCAAACCCAGGUCCUCUCGGCUCCUCACUUUUAAUCCCUCAUACUGUGUCCUGAAAGAGUUGAAUGAUGAAGAACGAAAAAUGAAAAAUGUACACAUGAGAGGUUUGGACAGAGAGACCUGUUUGAUCCCAGCUGUGCAGGAGCCAGUGUUCCCUCAGAGCUACAACCUUGUGACGGAGAACCUGGCCCUGACAGAGUAUACCUUGUUCUUGGGAUUUCACAGGUUGCAUGAUCAGAUGGUAAAAAUCAACCAAAAUCUGCAUCGGCUGCAGGUUGCCUGGCGGGAUGCUCAGCAGAGUUCCAGCCCUGCUGCUGACAGUCUCCGUGAGCAGUUUGAACGCCUGAUGACCAUCUAUCUUUCUACCAAGACUGCUAUGACUGAGCCCCAGAUGCUGCAAAACUGCCUGAAUUUGCAGGUGUCCAUGGCUGUUCUGUUGGUUCAACUGGCCAUAGGCAAUGAGGGCUCACAGCCAAUAGAGCUAAGUUUUCCUUUGCCAGAUGGCUACAACUCUUUGGCUUAUGUGCCAGAAUUUUUUGCAGAUAACCUGGGUGAUUUCCUCAUUUUUCUCCGGCGCUUUGCUGAGGACAUCUUGGAGACAUCAGCAGAUUCCCUGGAGCAUGUCCUUCACUUUAUCACCAUUUUCACUGGAAGCGUAGAAAGAAUGAAGAAUCCCCACCUAAGGGCCAAACUAGCGGAGGUGCUGGAAGCCGUGAUGCCUCACUUGGAUCAGACCCCAAAUCCCUUGGUGUCCAGUGUGUUUCACCGGAAACGUGUGUUCUGCAACUUUACAUAUGCUCCCCAGCUUUCAGAAGCCCUAAUCAAGGUUUUCGUGGACAUUGAAUUUACAGGGGACCCCCAUCAAUUUGAACAGAAGUUUAAUUACCGCCGCCCUAUGUAUCCCAUCCUAAGAUACAUGUGGGGGACAGAUAGCUACCGGGAGAGCAUUAAGGAUUUGGCUGACUAUGCCUCUAAGAAUUUAGAAGCUAUGAAUCCCCCACUGUUCCUCCGAUUUCUUAACCUGUUAAUGAAUGAUGCUAUCUUCCUUUUGGAUGAAGCCAUACAGUAUUUGAGCAAGAUAAAGAUUCAGCAGAUCGAGAAAGACCGAGGAGAAUGGGAAAGUCUGACGCCAGAAGCCCGCCGAGAGAAAGAAGCUGGCCUGCAGAUGUUUGGACAGCUGGCACGUUUCCAUAACAUCAUGUCCAACGAAACAAUCGGUACCCUUUCCUUCCUGACAUCAGAGAUCAAGUCACUGUUCGUGCACCCCUUCCUGGCCGAACGCAUUAUCUCCAUGCUGAACUACUUCCUACAGCACCUGGUUGGCCCCAAGAUGGGCGCUCUCAAAGUCAAGGACUUCAGCGAAUUUGACUUCAAACCUCAGCAGCUUGUAUCAGACAUCUGCACUAUCUACUUAAAUCUUGGGGAUGAGGAGAAUUUCUGUGCCACUGUGCCCAAGGAUGGCCGUUCCUAUUCCCCUACUCUCUUUGCACAGACAGUCCGAGUCCUGAAGAAAAUCAAUAAGCCUGGGAAUAUGAUCGUGGCUUUCAGUAACUUGGCAGAGAGAAUCAAGUCUCUUGCAGACCUCCAGCAGCAGGAGGAGGAGACAUAUGCAGAUGCCUGUGACGAGUUCCUGGAUCCCAUCAUGAGUACACUGAUGUCUGACCCUGUGGUGCUUCCAUCUUCCAGAGUCACCGUGGACAGGUCCACCAUUGCCAGGCAUUUACUCAGUGACCAAACAGAUCCUUUUAACCGUAGUCCCCUUACCAUGGACCAGAUCCGGCCAAACACAGAACUCAAAGAAAAAAUCCAGCAGUGGCUCGCAGAGAGGAAGCAACAGAAGGAGAGACUUGAAUAAAUACUGUGAACUGAACAACCCAAACCAGCCCCAGGAUGUAAACAGUUGUUUGUGGGUUCUCUUUCUGGCUCUGGUCCUUCCUUCCUUCCUUCCUUCCUUCCUUCCUUCCUUCCUUCCUUCCUUCCUUCCUUCCUUCCUUUCUUCCUCUUUGUUUUGUUUUUGUGUUUUGGUUUAUUUCAUUCAUUGUUGUUGUUUUACUAAAUUAGAAAAUUGUUCUUGUGCAAAUUAUGAUAAUUAAGAUUCUUAAGACCAUGUUGUCUCCCUGACUUUCAUGAAAUUCUCCUUCUCACAACAUCUUCAUAAAUCAUCACUAAUUUUCUGCCUUGGUUUUCCUAUUCCUCUUGUUUCCUUUUCUACCCUAAAUUAUAUUAAGUCCAACUACAAAAGUGUCCUGCCACUUUUUUCUUUCCCUUCUCAAGUACCGCUCAGACAUAUUUUAGUGAACACUGCUUUUAAGUCUGUGAUGUCAGCUACUUCAGUGACAGCUGGUAGUAUCCAGAAACCCUGUUACCCUGUGUAUCUUCUAGCCGGUGAGGGCUGGACUUAAGCCCCUGUCUUUACUAUAGCUCUGUAAUAUUACAGAGCAACUUUUCAGAUAAAUGCAAAUACCUUAGUGUGUGUAGACUUUUGGCUGAUGGAUAAGAUUGGGAGAACCUUAUACAACUUCUGUCGGUUAUCUCUUAAUUUUGUAUUAUCUUGUAACUUAAAGAUACUAUCACAAACACUCCCAUGAGGUUGUCGCCACCAAAAGCUUAGCUGCACAGUCUUUUAAUGGGUGACAGUAAUGGGUGAAACUUCCAGUAAGAGAAUAAGUAAGAAGCUAUUGGUGCCCUUUUCUAUUUUGUGCCCCAAGGACUAGGCCUGGGUAAAAUAGGCAAUAAAUAGUGUAUCUAUGGAGAUGUUAUUUUAGGACGCCAAUGCAGUGUCUCAGUGUGUGUGUGUGUUAUACACACAGAUACUGUGUCCUGUUUUUAUUGGUCUCAUAUGAAUUGAGUACCACAUUGUAUUGUGUCCUCCGUGGUAAAAUGUAUGUGGUAUGUGGCAGUGUCUUCUCGCAUAUCCAUUCUAGUCGGGUAAAAUUGUAAGACUAUAAAUAUAAAAUGUUUAUCAAUUAACGAAGUAGAACUUGGAGCAAAAUCUGGUCCACAAGCCAUUUUAAAUAUCCACUUAGCUCUGGGUACUUAAUAAGUGGUUUGACCCCACUUCUCCAACCGUUUUGCUUAACAUGCCAGGAGAGGCUCAGUCCUCUAUGGGACAUUUUUAUAUCAGUAUCAAUCUCAGCCCAGAGGUGUAAAAGAUAAGAAAAUGGAAUUAAAUGUCCUUUAAAGAACAUUAGUGUUAGCCACGACUUUUCAUAGACAGAAGCAGUGUUUCAGUAUUCCAACACAAGUUGCUAUUAGUCCUUUGUGUAUUUUCUGAUGGUGUCAACUAGAAAACCUCUGAUCAGAGAGGGCCUCUCACUCUGGCUGUUAAAUAAAUGCCAGCUGUUGCUGUGCUUGUCUGUGCACAGGGAAGCCCAGGACACACUCACAAAUGCCAGAUUGUUAAGAUAGACGCCAUGUGCCCCGUCGACAGGAUUGCUUUUCUUUAAAUGAAUUUGAUUUCCUGUGUGUGUAUUAUUCUCUUUCCCUCUCUGGGAAUGAACUGCAUUUGAACUAAGCUUCUGCCUACUGCAUUUAUUUUCCCAAAGCUAGUGUGGUAGGAUGUUUUUAUUUGAAAAGGAGAAAAGACCAGAAUUUUGCAGGUGAAAAUUGGAGGAAAAUGGGUACAGAACCUCAGAAGACAACUGUUCCCAGCAGCUUUCUAGCUAAUGGCCUCUAUGCUGCCUCUCCUGUCUAUCUGUACUCUACUUCUGAACUGAACCUUCAGCUUGUAAGCCUUUUUUGGCGAGUUUAUGCUGUUUUGUUUUUAAGCCCUUCUGAUACUUUCUCUGAAUGGCUGUGCACCACUGAUGCUGCUGAACCCUUUUACCACAAAAGCAAGUGUGUAGCUUAAGGCCACUAUUGGUGAGGAAACCAAGUGUCCUCUGUGCCUUCUUUCUUUCUGUGAACUCAUUUAAAGACCUCCAGAAAAAGGAACUCUGGAGACUGCUGUCUUAUACAACAAGAAGCAUGUGUGCAUUAGCAGAGGUAAGGGGUCUUGUCUGAAACUCAGCAGCAGCUGUCAGUCUGCUAAGACCUCCUGACAGACCUAGUUUUCUGUGAUGAGUACAAAAGGAAAGUGAAAACUUCAGUCAGCUCUGGUAUUGCUGAUAGCUCACCCAAAGGCUAAUACUAAACUUGGAAAAUUAUUUAGGGUUCAAGCAGUUGUUUGUUUGUGUGUUUUAUAUGGCUUUCCAUGGGUAUGUGAAAAUUGAAGGAAACUUGAGAAGUAGUCUAAUGGUGUAGGUGAAGAUGCCAUUUGCUGUUCAGUACCACACUCUACACAAGUUUCAUUACAUUUUUUUGAUUCUGAUUGCUGAGCAGCGAUUGGGCAAAGCCUGAGACUACUGGGUACCUUUAUAAGCCAGGCUGAUGCUGUACCAUUGUCAUGUGAGGAAACAGUGCAUAUGUCCUAACUGCUAAACUGGAAAAGAACCUAGAGACAGAAAAUUAAGAACAAAACAACAGAAUGGUUGGCUGAAAUCAAACUCGAUCACUAUAACUAUGUUUAACAUUCCAGGAAGGUUACUUCUUGUCAAACUUGCCUGGGGAUGUUGUUUGUUCAAAACUUGUAUUUAAUAAAUAAGCACCUGACUUACCACUCUGUUAGUCCUUUAUUACAGUAUUAAAAGCUAGCAGCCUGGUGUGGUGGUGUGUGCCUGUAAUCCCAGCUAUUAGCCAAUAGGAGGAAGGAAGGGCAAGGCCUGCUUGGGCUACCUAGUGAGUUCAAGACUAGCCCAACUUAAAAAAAAUUUUUUUUUUCUUUUGGUUUUUUGAGACAGGGUUUCUCUGUGUAGCUCUGGCUGUCCUGGAACUUACUCUGUAGACCAGGCUGGCUUCAAACUCACAGAGAUCUGCCUGGGGUGCUCCACCACUGCCUGGCUCAAACUAAAAUUUAAAAGGGAUGUAGCUCAAUGGUAGAGAUCUUGCCUAGCUAAAUUCAUUUCUAGUACCACCACCACAGAAAGAAAAAGAAAAAGCUAAUGACAUUUCAAAAGUCCUUCUGAAAACCUAGAGGGUUUUGCCACUUUCUCUAAGCAAGUACUACAACCACAAAUUUGUGGACUCUACUACUGCCCAGCAACUCUUCUAUGUGUCCUUAAGAUAUUCUAAAUUGGACUGGAGAGAUGGCUCAGCCAGAGGACCCGGGUUCAAUUCCCAGCACCCACAUGGCAGCACUUCUGUUCCAGGGGAUGUGACACAGACAUACCUGUAGGCAAAAACGCUAAUGCUCAUAAAAUACAAAUAAAAGUUGUUUUUUUUUUAAGUUUCUAAAAUUUAGACUCUCACCUGAAAUUCUCUCUCCUUUCACACUCAGGUGGCAUCCAUCAGAUUCCUCACUUUGAAACUUUGCUCCCAUCACCCCAUUCAAGGAAAGGUCCCACCAUUCCCAAACUAAUUCCUCUAUCUUCUUCGCUGUCUCCCUGUUCUUGACAAUUCCCCUUCUCUAACUUCAGUUUCUCUUGAGCUCCACAUUUCCCUUGAGUUGUCUGACUUACGGUCUCUACCAUAUUUCCUCACUGAUGCAAUCUGGUUUCUGUGAUUUUGAAACUAUUUCUAGUUAAUAUCACAGAUGUUCAUACUGAUAAUUAGCUUGCCUUUCCCCAAAAAUAAAUGUUCUUAUCCUGUAGUCCAGACUGGCCUGAAAUUCCCAAUCCUCAGGCUCCUGUAUGCUGAGAUAACAUGGGUUUCACCCAGUUAUCUUUCCUGCCUUAAUUUGACAUCAAUAUCUAAGGCAGUUUAUCCCUCCCUUGUUAAAAUGCUCUUGACUCCUUAAUCCCACUUCUAAUCUGUCUUUCUAACUAACCAUCCCAUCAGUUUCACUUCCAACACUUCUUCUGGCUUCUCCAGAACUUCUUGUCCUCAUAAAAUACCACUUUCCUACUUUUUUUUUUUUUUUUGUCAUGUCAAAGUUUCAACCCUUUGGAAUUUGUAUGUUUUCUUACACAUCAAGUCUUCCCAGAUCAGCACCAUGCCUAAUCUUAUGUUCCUCUCUGAGUUUACCUUACAAUUCUGAUACUUACUCCUUAUAUGACCAUUUAGGAAUCUCGGUCUCUAAGGGAACAAUACCCAAAACGUUCACUGAAUUACAAAAUGCCUGGCAUAGUAUACACCCUCAACACACACACACGUGACCUUCUUCCUCCUGUCCGAAUUGCUCCAUGUGGUUUGAUUGGAAAACCGGGAUUGGAUUCCAAUUCUAAUAGUAGCUGCGGAGGAAAAUAGGAUUAUAAAAGGGCAAUUAAAGAAGUGGUUGAUUGGGUGAGUCUGGUGACUUGCGUUAUGUGACGUCUACAUGGCCCCUUAAAGCUCCUAUUCGGCCUCGGACCUGCUAUUUCUCUAAAACAAACAUAUCGGCCCACAAGCAUCCUACGAUUCCCUCCAGCCUCGAUUUCCACGUUCUCUGAAAAACUACGAAAGUGCCACAAGCAAAAGAGGAGAUCAAGCUAAGAAAAUCAACGACGCACGCGCAUUUCCUCACCUCAACGGUCUUCCGGGCCGCCAUGAAUGGCUGCCCCAAGCAAUGCCUGUUUCCCGAGGAAUCUCAUUAUUCUCCACAUGUUCUCUUACCUCAUAUUUUCAUAUCCACAUUUUAUUUGUGCCUAACAAAAUAAGCUGACCAACUAUGUUCCACAAACAGGGAAGGGAUACCUAUAUAUUUUGAACAGGCACAGAGAGGGACAGCCUGACCUUGGAAGUCGGGCAGGGGGCCUGCCACGGGUCCUUCCGAGGGUGACAUUCAGCCGGCGGUUCGAGGAGACGGACCUUCCACCCUAGACGAUGGCCAAGUUCGUCCGUAACUUCGCGGAGAAGGCCCCGGGGCUAGUAGCCGGAAGCUGUGCUGAAUGGUUUGGUGGCCACUGAGGUAUGGAUGUGGUUUUAUGUCGGAGAGAUCAUAGGCAAACGUGGCAUCGUUGGCUAUGAUGUUUGAAGACUGAUCUUUAACAUCUGAUUUUAUUUGAGUUCCUAUUUGAAUGUUCUUGGACCACAUGUAAUGAGACUGCUAUUGAAUAAAAUAUUAGCUGUCGAA